AUGACAAUAAAUUUAGGAAAUAUAGUUCUUGAUCUAAACAUGGUGAUGAAUGGAUUCUUAUUUUUCAAUGUAAUACUCAAAGACGAGAACGGCUUUCUAACGUUCCAGAUGUUCUUUUUCAUACUCUUCGUAUUGUUUAUUAUGGUGCACAUGUUUGUUUAUUGUUACGUGGGCGAGUUACUUCUUGUUGAAAGCAGUAGUUUGGGCAUCGCUGCCUACGAAUCCAGAUGGUACAACGUGGCGCCGUCAGACGCAAAGUGCCUGUUAUUCAUCAUUGUAAGAUCCUCGCGGCCAAUUUAUUUGAAAGCAGGCAAAUUCGGUAUCUUCUCCAUGGAAAUGUUUAGCAAAAUCCUAAGAACGGCGAUGGGUUAUCUGUCAGUUCUUCUCACUGUCUCAAGCAGUGACGACUGAUCAUUUUCGCGCACAAUCUAGAGACUAUAGUUAGAAACACUAGGAAUACUAUUUAUGAAAGAUCACUGAACCUUAUGUGACUACAUUGUUGCAUAUCAAGACAAUUUUUCACCACUGUGACACGAAUAAAUUCCCCGAUAGACCUGCUCGAACUUGUUUCGACCAUUGGAAUCAUCCUCUUUGAAAAAUCCUCAAGUCAUUCUCUUAGGAUUCUGCGAA